CCGAAGAAGAAGCGGGGAGACGAGGAGAAGGCUGACAUGAUAUUUACGUCCAAGGGAGACCUCACUGGGACGGGACGGGUACCGCAAACCUUUUGUCCCCGGCGGGUUUCUGUCACGGUAACUCCACAUACCUGCGGCCUGUUUUCACCCCCGUUACAGUCAGGUGUGCAUUGGAGUUUAGAGGAUGCACAAACAUGGUGCCUUGUCAAACCAAUGUGUUGCUGAAGUGGCAGGAGCAUUUCAACAGUUCCUGGGCUGCGGAAGACAGCGUUCAGACAGCAAGGAGACACAAUGCUGCUGUUCUUUACAAUAAGCUCCUUUACAAUAAGGAAGUGGUGACUCUAGCCCAACCCGUGCAAGAACUCGUCGGCCCACGGCUCCCAGACUUCGACUGUGAAUGCAGCACAUCAGCUGAGAAGGAGGAGUACCUGUCGUCCCUACUUCACAGUCAGCGAUGGCUGGCUCACCGCAUGUUGACUCAAACCUCCUACACCCUGGGCCUCCACCAGAGGCUGGUAGUUCUGCAGAGGAUCUACUAUGCACUUCACAGCAAAUAUCAUGACAAGUUUCGUGUGCAGCUUCCCUCUCAGUCUACAGAUAGCGGGGCUGAAAGUGGCCAAAUUGACCCGGCUUCGGAACUUUCUCUGCCUGGGGGUGUGGCCAAAAUCAAGUCGGGCACAGAUGUUCUGAUAGAAAUGGGUGUAAGGACAGGUUUGAGUCUCCUUUUCUCAUUACUUCAGCAGAACUGGAGGUAUGCCGCCUCUGUGCAUCCAGAGUCUGUGCUUUGUAAUGAUGUGCUGGCCACAGCUUCCUCUGUCCUGGCUUCACUUCCACCACUUUCUCUGGCUAAUGAGAACAAGAUCCCAUCGGUGGGUUUGGACUGCCUGGCACAGGUGGCUGACUUCUUGAAGAAGACGUCAGUGAGCAGCGGGAGUGGCGGGGCAGACCCGACUGGUCGGAGGCUAGCAGUGGAGCUGUUGCUAGGCCUGGCCAUGCAAAGAGGCUCUCUGAAGUUUCUGUUGGAGUGGGUGGAGGUAGCCCUGGCUGCGUCGAUGUCCUCCUCCACCUCUGUUCCAUUUUCCUCCUCCUCAAGGGGCUUUCAGCAGUCGGUUGGUGUAGGCUUUGAUGUCAUUCAACAAACGCUUCUCCAAAUGAAGCAAUUUUCGGGUUUCCGUGGUGAUGCCGUCAACACUCAUGUGCUUACAAGGGAUGCAGAUGGACUUUGCAGACUUUCUCAGGCAGCUCUCUGCUUGUUUGAAGAGAUCUGUAACUUGGCAUCCAACUGCCUGUGCUCCUGCAGCACAGAUGCAGUUUCUCCCUGUACUGAAAGUGAUGCUGUGAUGGUGUAUGUUUGGGGCAGCAACAGCAGCCAUCAGCUGGCAGAAGGAACUCUGGAGAAAAUCCUGCUGCCAAAACUGACACAGGGCUUCAGCGAUGCUCAGAUGAUUGAAGCAGGCCAGUACUGCACCUUCUCUGUAUCUGCGGAUGGCUCAGUGAAAGCCUGUGGAAAAGGCAGCUAUGGGCGUCUGGGUCUGGGGGACUCCAACAACCAGUCCAUGCCCAAGAAGCUGGUCCUCGAGCCACACAGAAAAAUGAAGAAAGUGUCCUCCUCCAAGGGCUCUGAUGGACACACUUUGGCUAUCACAGUAGAAGGAGAGGUGUUCAGCUGGGGUGACGGCGAAUAUGGGAAACUGGGUCAUUGCAACAGUGCUACACAGAAAUACCCCAAAAUUAUCCAAGGGCCUCUUUUAGGGAAAGUUGUUGUUGGUGUGUCUGCUGGCUACAGACACAGCGCUGCUGUGACUAAUGAUGGAGAGCUUUAUACGUGGGGAGAGGGGGACUUUGGCAGGCUUGGUCACAGUGACAGCCAGAGCAGGAAUGUGCCCACGCUAGUGAAGGAUAUCAGCGGUGUGGGGCAGGUGGCCUGUGGCAGCUCCCAUACUAUUGCUGUAGCCCAGGAUGGACGUACUGUAUGGUCCUUUGGAGGAGGAGAUAAUGGUAAACUGGGUCACGGAGACACAAAUCGAGUGUAUCGCCCUAAGGUCAUCGAGGCCCUUCAUGGAUUUAUCAUCAGGAAAGUGUGUGCUGGCAGCCAGUCAUCUUUGGCUCUUACCUCUGCGGGACAGGUGUUUGCUUGGGGCUGCGGUUCGUGUUUAGGAUGUGGUUCCUCUGAAACAACUUCCCUUAGACCCAGGUUUAUAGAAGACCUGAGUAUCACCAAGAUUAUCGAUAUCUCCUCUGGGGACAGCCACUGUCUAGCUCUGUCUCAUGAGAAUGAAGUGUACGCAUGGGGUAACAACACCAUGGGCCAGUGCGGGCAAGGCCACACUUCUACACCGAUUACUAAACCCAAGAAAGUGCUUGGCCUAGAGGGGGUUUCAAUCCAACAAAUCACAGCUGGCACCUCUCACAGUCUGGCAUGGACCGCAGUUCCAACAGACAGGCAGCUGGUGGCGUGGCACAGGCCCUUUUGUGUCGACUUGGAGGAGAGUACGUUCACCUACUUAUGCAGCUUCCUAGAAAGAUACUGUGAUGGUAUCAGCAACGACACACCUCCGGCUCCAUUUGUAUCUAAAAGGGACCACCAUCAUUUCCUUUUGCUGUGCAUGAAGUUGCUGUCCAUCCACUUGUCUUUGGCGCAUGCCGGUGGUACAGGUGCCAUGGUUCUAGGUGCUCAGGGCAGGCCCCUUAGAAACCUGCUUUUCAGGCUCAUUGACACCAACAUGCCUGACUCCAUACAACAAGCAGUUCUGAACACCUUGUCUAUUGGUGCAUCCCUGCUGCUGCCCCCUCUCAGGGAAAGAACCGAACUGCUCCUCUCCCUCCUUCCUCAGGGUCCCCAGAGUUUAGAUGCUCUCUCUAAAGGGCAGCGUCUGCAGUUAGACAUGGUCCUCAGCAGCCUUCAAGACCAGAGCCACGUCGCUUCUCUCCUGGGUUAUAGCAACUUUGGUGAUGUGACGGGCAUGGGGCCUCCUCUGACACCGUCCGUGUCAGUCCGUCCACCUUCUUCAUCCAGCUCUGCAGAGGCUUACGACCCUCUGCACUUAGCAGAAUUGCUGCUGAAAACACUUCUGCUUAGUAUAAGCUUUUACACGGAGCAACAGUUUGGUGAAUUAGAGAAAAACAGCGAUAAGCAGCUUUGUGCUGGCCAUCCGGGACAAACUGAUCCUCCCUCUCACUUCCACCAGCUUCUGUCUGGACUUCACAAACACCUGCUGGCCCACUGCUACAUUCAUUCCAACCCUGAGGAUGAUGGUAGUGUGAUUCUGCUGCGAGAUCAUCUUCACCUGCUGCUUCCCUGCGCUGCUGAAACACUCAGGAGAUCAACUAAACUGCUGAAGGAGAGUUCUCCAGACAAACAAAUGAUUAAAAAACUGCACAUGGUGUUGUACAAUUCAUUAGCUGGCAGCCUGUUGUGCCAGAUAAUGUACUCCGUGUUGCUGCUGCCUCUGGACACAGUUCAGCCUCUUCUUAGUCAUUUACUAUCCCUGCUGGAGCACUUCAAUGACUUCAACAGUCUGCUGCCAGAGACAGUUCUGCUGGAGGAACAAGAGUUGGGAGUAGAGGCUCAGAAAACCUCUUCUGAUAAAAAUGAAGAAAACCUUGGAAAGCAACAAGAGGAGGAGUGCAGAUGGGUUUGGAUACUGGACCUGGAACGAUCUGUUGCAUUGGCAGUUGGCCGCUGCCUUGGUGGCAUGCUACAAGGUCUGCCACCUUCCCUCCAGGAAAAAAUGUCAGAGAUGUGGCUAUCAAAUAUCCUCCUCAGAAAUGGUCUGGAGAUGGACUUUGAGCAGCUGGACUCUACCAUGUCAUGGCUGACUGAGAUUGUACUGCUGGGCACCAGUGAUGCUAGACAAGCAGAGCUAAAUCUGACUGAAGACACCAGAACUUUACUGGAUUUGGCUCUGGGAUCCACCAGAGGCCAUGCAGGUGUCCUGUGGUGGAAGAUGGAGGAAUUUGCUCACAGUAAAGAAUGGGAGAGCGGCGGCUCUUCAGGGGAGUAUUUGUUGCCGAUUGUCUGCCGCUGCAGUCUAGCUGCUCUUCUGAAACACACUGGACUACAGAAUGAGGCAUGCUGGGAGGACAGAUACGAACCCUGUGAGAUGAUGAUUGAUGUCUAUGAAAUGGUUUAUAAAAUCAGAAGCAAUCUGUUGGUCCUUAAAAACUCUCCAAAAAUAAUGCUGACAGCCACCAAACAGAAUUCCCAGUCUCCUCAGAGUCCGGAUGUGGACAGCCAAGAGCCCAGCGCCUCAGCGGAGCCUUCAGGAAAAGAUCAAGGACAGCAUGUAGGUCACUGUAACAGAGAGGUACAAGUGCCUCCACUCGCCACAGCCAACUACAACCAGGAAGAACUCACAGAUGAUGACAGAUUUAGCAACAGUCGUACAUACCUGUCAGAAGUUUUAGAAUCACUGAUGGCUACCCGGGAAGCCAUGCAAGUACAGCAGAAUGUGACGGUCUACGAGUCAUUUGGCACUUCCACCCUCCCCAGCAGUAUGGAGAGUCCCGUCAGCCCAGAGUCCCAUCAGCCUUAUCCUAAACAACAAUGGGAAAAUCCUGGAGAAUCCGAGGAAAGUUUGUCUUUUCCUGCUGCCUGCCAUCUUGUAAUAUCUCGAUGUCUUUUCCUUCUGUUGGGGGUCAAGCCUGCUUGGGUAGAACCAGCUGAAAGGGAAACUGUUCCAGCAAUGAAUACUGUAGCAAGUUUCAGAACAUCAACAGACUUGGUUACAGUCAGUGGAAGAAAACAGGUUGACAUGUCGAAAAACCCCUCUGGAUCGUCCAAAAAUAAAACUGGCCUACCUUUGUGUUCUUUGGGGAUAAUGAAGGAUGCCUGGGAUCGCUUACGGCAGUGCAUCAGCCCCCCCUCCACCAUGCCCCGCUGCGGGGACAACACUUUGCCGAUUCUUAACCAGGUGUUUCAGUUUGUCUGCGUAAGCGCUGUCCAUUUGCCUUCUUCUCCAGCUCUGUCUGGAGGACCGAGCUGCAGCCUGGCAGAUCCAAAGGCCAUCGCUUUAGCCGUGCUGCAGCAACAACAGCGAGCUGAGAUGCGCCUGGAAGCCUUAUGUCAGAUGUCAUCCUUCCUGUCUAAGAUGGAGGAGAAAAACGUCCGAUCUUCAGCUUCCCAUCAGUUUCCUGCUCUGUUGCAGUCUGUGGAGCUUCAGUUCCUCUCAGGAUGCUUCGCUUUGGGAACACAAAUAAUCACUUCUAGCUUUGGAGCUAGUUACGAGACUCAGCAUUACCUGAGUGGCACUCAUGCCGCUUCUACAGAGGCAAAACGAGAACUCCAGUCUGCAGCUCAAACCUUUUACCAGAAAGUGGUUCAGGUCCUCAAACACAGAGUCCAGCUAGAAAAAGAGCAUCCAGGUUCAUCCCAGCACCUCCUCCUGGCUGCACUGUUUGCACUGAACUUCUGCUACCAACCUGUGGAUCUGGUGCUGAUCAUUAAAUGUGGGAUUCUGGAAAUCCUCUCUACGUUGACCAACAACAGCUGCGCUCUGAUGAACCAGGGCUGGUUUGCAGCUGCGUCAUCUGGAUCAAUGGUACUCGAAGGGGCGGUCAGACUAGCUUGCACCCGCCUGCUUCAGAUACUGACUGUAGCUGCAAGCUCUUGUGAGGACUUUUUGCCUUUGGAUGUAUCUCAUGCUCUGAUGGAAGUGAUGUGUGAGCAGCUCCAAAAUGUCCUGCACAAGUUCCACCAGCAGCAGAUAGCCGAGAGAGCCGACGUCGACGGCACCAACAAGAGCACAAACCCCGGAACAGAAAGCAGCAAAGUGAUUGAACAUCAGCUUGCAGAUUUCCUGGUGUUUCUGAGGAGAGUUUUGUCAUUAAGAGUAAUGAAGAGGCUUUCUACCUUUGAGAAAUGGAUUGAACCACUCAUGACCAUUAUUUCACACAACUGCUCUUCAGGAUCGUUGCGCUUCCAGAACCUCCGCACUAAACUUUUGGCGUUUCAUGUUUUAGAACGAGUAUUACCUGCUUGUUCUGAACCCGCUCACAUUCAGCAGAUUGUUAAACAGCUUUUCCAACUGUUAUCCGUUUAUAUGUGGGAGGAACCGCUCGCAGAGAAAAACCAAGAGAGAGUUGAAAAAGACAAAGUGAUUCCUGGUGGUUACGAUGAAUGUAUCCCUAUUGGAGAUUUUUCCUUUGAUCCAAACAAGCUCGUGUGCUGUUCUCUGGAGAGUGGGAACAUCCUCUCACAUGGCUCAGGUGGCAAAGGUUACGGCCUUGCAACCACCGCCAUUACCUCUGGCUGUUUCACAUGGAAGUUCUACAUCACCAAAGAGAACAGAGGCAACGAGGGCACGUGCAUCGGCAUUUCACGCUGGCCAGUCAGAGAUCACAACCACCACACUACCACUGACAUGUGGCUGUACCGUGCUUAUAGUGGCAACCUGUACCACGGCGGAGAACUGGUCCGUACUCUUCCCUCUUUCACCCAGGGGGACACCAUCACCUGCAUCCUGGACAUGGAGGCUCACACCAUAUCGUUUGCUAAGAAUGACAAGGAGCCAAAGUUAGCAUUUGAGGGUGUGGUUGCGUCGGAAUUGUAUCCGUGUGUGCUGUUCUACAGCAGUAAUCCUGGAGAAAAGGUGGCACUGCGUGAGCUGCAGAUGAGGGGCAUGCCUAGUAAUCUCCUUCCCGGAGAGCCUCUGUGCAGCCCUCAGACCACCGUGCUGCUGGAGUCCACGGUGCAGCUCCUUCGGAGGCUCAAUCAGUGUGAGCACUGGUGCUCACACAUUAACCAGCACAUCCAUUCUCACCUGGAGCUUAUCGGUGUCCUGCUGAGAGAGGAUGAUUCAGGAAAGGAUUCAGGACUCAGCCCCCAACACAGUGAGAGAGACAAAGACGGGUCUGGUGAAGAGCCCAGGGAGCUGGUGGCUCAUCGUCACUCUCUGUCAGAGGCCAAGCUGGUUGCUCUUUGCACCAAAGUGUGGCCGGUUCUGGCUGUGAUCGGAGGAGUCGACAGUGGUCUCCGAGCUGGAGGCCUGUGCCGACACAAGCCCAGCGGGCGCCGAGCCAUUCUACUCGGGGUCCUGAAAGAAGGAAGCUCUCUCGUCAAGCUUCAGUGGGAAGAGACUGAUGUCUCCGUCAGCUCCAUGAAUUCUUGGUCACCCAGCGACACACCGAUCUUCUCGCUGGAGCCCUGUGGCACAUCCUGCUGUGACAUCACCCGCCUCGGAGGCCUCAAGCCAGCUGUGCUGUUGGAUCUGAUCUUUCUGUUGGGUCUGCUGGAGGAGGAGGGCUGGAUGGGGGCUCAUCCACCUCCCAAAAGGAAAUACUCUGAAGAGACUGUGAAAGAGGACGAUAAACAGUGCUGUCAGGAUGAAGAUGUGUCAGAUGAUGGGAAAAGACUGUCUAAAGAUGAAAUAAAGGCUGUGAAGGAGCAGAAGUCUGAGAACGACUCGUUUUUAUCAGCUUCAUCAUCCAACAAUACCCCAAAGAUAGCAGACCGUCAGGAAGUGACCUGUUUAACACAACCUCCCCAAACAUCCCAACCCUCUAAAGUGGAGGCCUUUGCAGUUGUAUUGAGAGCAGUUAGAGUCUCAUAUCUUCUCACUGGAGGGUUGAAAACCCUGACUGUAAUUUUUACUUGUGAGAAGCUAUCAGAUUUACUAAUAGUUCCUAAACCUGACCCUUCAACCAUCUCAUCGAGUCCUCUUUCCAGCCCUUCCCCCGACCAGGUCAAGGCCUACAGUAAACAAUGGGAUGAAAAUGCCGAGCUGAGAUCAGUGCUGCAGUAUGUGGUGCAGAGCAUGGUGAAAUGGGCAGUGAGACCCUGUCCCAUUAAACAAACCGUGUCUCUUGCGGAUUUGGAAAGAGCUCAAGUCAUGAUAUACAAAGGAGCCCUGAACAGACUGCAGGAGGACAAAGAGCACAGAGAAUCAGGCCGUCAUUUGUCCUCCCAGUCCAUUUCUAAGUCCUCCAGCUCGGUGUCGUUGUACAGUGCGGGGUCAGAGGGUACUGCCAUCUUCGGCCAAUCAAACAGAGUCUCUGCCUCAUCCUCUAAUAACGACUUGGCAACCUCUCUGGCGACAAACCUGCAAGUGGAUGGUCUAGAUAACUUCAACCCGUUCCUCCCCAUCAGCCUCCUUCAGCACAUGGUAUUGAGUCGGUUCCCCACACUAACGGGCCUGGUUAGUUCCCCCUCUGUGCUGCACCCCUGCUUCAGCUUUGCCAGCUCUGCUUCUUGCGAUGCCUUCACAGAACAGCAGACUAGCUUCAUGGAACCGGGCCCGAGCAGCACGCAGGCCAGAAGCAGCCUGGAACGGACACAAAUGUUUGUCACCAGUCGCUUGCUAGAAAUGGGAUUCUCUAUGAGACAUAUCUACUGGGCCAUGGAGGCAGCAGAUGUUGCAGGUGACUUAGACUCUCAAACCAUUGAGGUGUUGGCCAGCUGGAUGCUAGAGCACCCCCUGGCCGAUGACCAGCAGGUAGCUGAGUCACCAAGACCCGAGGGUGCUGCUGAGACCCCGUCCCCUGAUGGGCCAGAGACGGUGCAAUGUCCUGAACGGCCCAGCAACCAAUUCAAUGAAAGCCUGUUGCCAGGUCUGGACUGGAUAGAGAGGGAGAACUUCUUGGACGUCCACCUCACUAGGAACAGACCUCCUCCAGCACGGCGCCGCCGCUCAGGACCUACCCAAAGAACGUCCUUCCGAAGGCCAGACUUGCCGUCGUCACCCAGCCCCCUUCCACAGCUGUGCCAGCAGCACACAGUGGUCAGUGACUGGCCGGAGCAGGUAGAGUUUCAUCCCUACUCUGCUGAGGAGGAUUCUGAGCUGGGCUACAUGGAUGACCCGUAUCAUGAAGAAACAAACGAGGACCUGCUCACCGCUUCGUUUUUCAGUUUGGAGAGGGACACUCUUCAGAUUGUGGAGGCUGGAGAAGAACACAGUCAGAUGGUGAAAUGUGAGCUGUGCAACACCUUCACUCUACAGUUUAACAAUCACAUAAAGCGGCGACACCCAGGUUGUGGUCAAAGUGCUGCCCGUAAGGGCUAUGACAGCACCGGUGCUUAUGUGGAUGUCUGGUUCAAAGGAGAGUGUGGCUCCAACUUCCCCUUCUACCUCCUCUGCUGCCCCUGCAGAGAAAAGUACCUGGCUUCUAAUAUGAAUGAUCCACACUCCAAAUCUGAACGAAUCAAAGGUCUGACAUCUGAUCUGAUUGGCCAAAUGGACAACACAUCAGAUGAUGACUGGGAAAUGUGCCACCGUGAUGAAGAUGACACAGACAAACUGACAGGACUGGAGGAUUUUGGGGUCCUGCUUAGACCACUGGGGCUGAUGGAGAAAAAGCUGAUACCAGAUCCCAUUAUCUUUACUGAACCAGAUCCUCUUGGAGCUCUAGUUUACAGCGUGUCUCUUCCUGCAAGAGCAUCUGCCAAAAGUGGUGCCCUUGCUGACCACAAGACAUCACUGAGCCUUGGGCAGCAGGCGGUAUCUCUGAGAGACUCGCACGAUCGCCUGAAAGCUUUACGAAGAGUCACAUCCACGGCACAGAUUCUGUUAGCUUACAGCAUGGUGAUGAGGGCUCUGUCUCAGACCGCCUCCAGCUCAUCAGUGAGCAGCCAGUCCAAUGGACUGGAGUCUUUGGGGCUGGCGGACAUCCGUAUCCUGGUGCGCCUGAUGACCUUAGCUGCUGGGGGCAGAGCGCACACCUGUGGUGACAAUCAAUCAUGUGUGAAGGGAUUGGUGACAGAACACAACAACUCCACCUGCCUCAGCUUUCUGACCUCUGCUAUUGGCAGCGUGGUGUUUCACAGCCCUGCUGCUUACAGGCAGCUGGUGGAGAUAUGCACCCAGGACCUAAUGGCAGCAGCUACUGGGGAGAACAAUGGAGCAAUUGCUGAACCUCAGCAGAGAACAACUUUAACCACUGCGACCCAGGCAGUCCUGAACCAGAGAGACCUUAAUGACCAAACACCACCAACAUUUCUAGUCACACAACGUCUGGUGUCCCUGCUCACUGAGAAGAGCAUCAACUGUAACAGCCCUGAUAGAGGAGAACACGAAGCAAAUGAUGGAAGAAACCCAGGCAUGUCUUCCUCAUCUCUGCCUCCCUCCCCUUCACCUCUUCUGAGUAUCAGAGUGGGCCCUCUGGAGCUGGCUAAUGCGUUAGCAGCAUGUGUCCUUUCUGCGAGACUUAACAGUAAACACAGACAAUGGGCUGCUCAGCAGCUGGUGAAGGCUCUGGCAGCUGCGGGCAGAGAAAGUCCUCAUCGAUCUCAAACAUACAGCGACCUGGCAGGUGAUCUGAGAAAAUGUCCUCUUAAGAGACUUGAAGGACAUUACAACAAGGUAGCCUGCUGUUCCUGGAGCAGUGAGCAGAGUUUGCUCGCUACAUGCUCUCAGGACAAGGUGGUGCAGUUGUGGAGAGUCAGCCAAAACACUGUGGAGUUACAGACCACCUUCUCCUGCAUUGCAAGUAAGACGGACAAAUCAAGCGGUGAGAGGGCUGGCAGAUGCCACCACACGUCCCCUGUCUACUGGAGCAGUUCGGGGAACAUUCUGGCCGCCCCUGAGAACAAACAUAUCAACAUCAUGAACAUCAGAGGGACUCUCUGUCACAUUGAAGCCCAGAGUUCUCGGGUCACGGCUGUUUGCUGGGUGCAGAGCUGCAGCGUGUACUUGGCGGACCAAUCAGCAGCCUACAAACACAGAUCUGCUGAGAGUCUGCUGGUGGGACGGCUGGACGGCUCCCUCUGCUGGCUGCAGGUUACAAUGCAAGAUCUGGAUCUGCUGGUGAAGAGAACUGAGCUCACCCACUGUUACAGACCAGAUGCCCCCCACUGUGUAGCCUGGCACACAGAGGACAAGCCUUUUGCAGUGGGUUAUUCCAGUGGGAAGAUCCUUUUGGCCACUGCUGAGACGUAUGAGAACACACAGUCUGUAGUGAUGUCACUGUUCCAGGACAGUGUGAGUUCCCUCAGAUGGGACCCGACUGGACACUUGCUUCUGUGUUUGGGGAGAUCGGAGGUCGUGAAGAUAUUGGGGCGUUCUGGGGGCACCUGGGUGACCCUGCACACACUCUACCACACCAGCACUGUAAACAUUGCAGAAUGGUGCCCGCUUGCAGGCAGAGCGCCCAAUCCCAGGCUUAUGAUGGCUGCCGGCUGUCAGAAUGGCUCUUUGCAUGUUUGGACACUACCGCAGGGCGGUACUACCGUAUCUUUGCCAAACAUACUGAACAGCCCCCCAAGCCAGGAUAAGAGCACUGAGGUCCAGGAUGGUGCAAAAUGUGUCUUUGUUCUCCACGGCCACAUUACAGCCGUGAAAUCCCUUUCAUUUUGCUCCAGUGGCCUGGCGCUGGUUUCUGGAGGAAUAGGUGGGUUGCUGAACAUCUGGUCUCUACAGGACGGGUCAGUGUUGCAGACUGUUACAGGGCUCGGUUCAGUCGUCAGCACCACCUGGAUACCAAACCUAGGUGUGGCUGCUUGUUUUGGGCGUUCUAAGGAUGUUCUGCUGAUCUGCUGCACCCCUGACUGGAUCAAUCAGAAUCACAUGCUGGCAUCCUGUCGUAUGGCCCUCAGAAGCCAGGCCAUCUUGGGGCUGAAUCGGGCUCCGUGUUUGGCUGUCUUCCUGGAGAGGCUGCCCUUACUGCUGCAGGAGCAGUACAGCUAUGAGCGGAGCCAUGUUUCAGCUGGAGAACAGCUCGUCCACAGUGCCUUCCUGCAGAGCCUGGCCUCCCUGGCUGUUGGUCUGUCUUUAGAGAAACACCUGUGCUGCUACCCACAUCCUCCACACCACAUCUGCUCCAGUGAUCCUCCCUGCCUGUCAGAGUGGAGCUGGCUGUUGAACUAUGCCACUACUGUCCGCAGCGCAGAGGCUAUUGCCAGCGGGACCGCCUUCCCUGAAUCUUUUAUUGCUUCUGAGUUUCAGGAGGUGCAAGACUCAAACACCAUGAGAGCACUAGAUAAUAGUAAGUGGAGUUUCAAGAUGGAUGAACAGCUGAUGUCAUGGGCCACCAGCAGACCGGAGGACUGGCAGGAAGGAGGCAGGAGUGAGGUGUAUCUUUGGGGAAAUGGACGCUACGGACAGUUAGCAGGAAUGGGAACCAACCUCAUGAUGCCGACGCUGGCCCCCUCUCUGUUACAGACACAACAGGUCAUAUGUGGUCAGAACUGUACGUUUCUCAUCCAGUCCAACGGGACCGUUCUGGCUGUAGGUGAAGGGCAGUAUGGUCGGCUGGGCCAGGGGAACUCUGAUGACCUCUAUGUUCCAACUAUUGUCUCUGCAUUUCAAGGGUAUGUGGUGACCCAGCUGGUGACAUCGUGCGGCUCAGAUGGACACUCCAUGGCCCUGACUGAAACUGGGGAGGUGUUCAGUUGGGGAGAUGGAGAUUUUGGAAAACUGGGUCAUGGCAACAGUGAAAGACAAAGAAGACCCAAACAGAUAGAGGCUUUACAAGGAGAGGAGGUCAUCCAGCUCGCUUGUGGCUUUCGACACUCUGCUGUGGUUACAGCAGAUGGGAAGCUCUUCACCUUUGGGAGUGGUGAGUCUGGACGUCUGGGUCUACGGUCUACAUCCAACAAGAUGCUGCCUGAAAGGGUGGCUGCUCUCGAGGGAUACCAUGUUGGGCAGGUGUCGUGUGGUUUGAACCACACGUUAGUGGUGUCGUUGGAUGGCAUGGCUGUGUGGGCUUUUGGAGAUGGGGAUUAUGGGAAAUUGGGAACCGGUUCCUCCACAGCAAAGUACUAUCCUCAGAAAGUGGAGCAGCUUUGCAACAAGGGAAUUAAGAAAGUCUGUUGUGGGACUCAGUUCUCUGUGGCUCUGGCCUGUGAUGGACAUGUGUACACAUUUGGACAAGAGCGUCUGAUCGGACUGCCAGAUUCCAUGCUGAAGAACAAAUCAAACCCCCAAGUGGUGCCAUCCCUUGAGGGCCUCUUCAUAGAGGACAUUGCUGUGGGUUGUGAACAUGUGCUGGUUUUGUCCUCCACUGGAGACGUAUUUGCAUGGGGCUGUAACAGUGAGGGACAGCUUGGUCUUGGACAUUCCAAUCCAGUGAAGGAGCCAACCCUUAUAACUGCUCUGCAUGGCAAAAACAUCAGACAGAUCUCUGCUGGUCGCUGCCACAGUUCAGCAUGGACCACCCCCUCCGUCCUGUUGAAAAGCUCAGGUGGUCCUAGACAAUUGCAGCUUGGCCUUCCCCAGUCUGUCCCCCCCCAGUACAACACUCUGAAAGACUGCAGCCCUGAUGUCCUCAGCGUGCGCCUCAGGGUGCUCUACCAGUUUUCUGAUCUUAUGUACAAAUCCUGGAGACUGCUCAAUCUGGACACCAAGAAUCCAAUAUCCACUUCACGUUAUAGUUCUGGAACAGCAGCCAUUAUCCGGGGUGAGCUCAGAGGCCUGCUGUCACCCAAGGUCAACACUCUGCCUCUUGUCCGCUCAAUCGGCAGGACAAUGACCCAGGGCAAAACAUAUGGGCCACAGAUCACUGUGAAACGCAUUUCCACAAGAGGACGUACGAGCAAGCCCAUCUUUGUGCAGAUUGCAAAGCAGGUGGUGAACCUGGACCCUCUGGAGCUGCGGCUGCCAUCACGAGCCUGGAAGGUGAAGCUGGUUGGGGAGGGGGCUGACGAUGCCGGAGGAGUGUUUGAUGAUACCAUUACUGAGAUGUGCCAGGAGCUGCAGUCUGGUGUGGUGGAUCUCCUGAUUCAUACUCCCAACAGCUUUGCAGAUGUGGGCUGCAACACUGACAGGUUCCUGCUCAAUCCAUCUGCAAACUCAGAGGAUCACAUGAUCCAGUUUCGCUUUUUGGGCAUCCUCAUGGCAGUGGCCAUUCGAACCAAGAAGCCCCUGGAUUUGCAUCUGGCUCCAUGGGUGUGGAAACAGCUUUGUUCCAUGCCACUGAGUGGAGUUGACCUUGAGGAAGUAGAUCUGCUCACCUACCGCACGCUUCAGGGCAUCCUUCACCUGGAGAACAGUGAAAUCACUGAAGAGAAUUUCCAUGUGAUGAUCCCACUGGAUUCAUUCAUGGCCCACAGUGCAGAUGGAAGGCUGGUGCCUGUGGUUCCUGGAGGUCUAAACAUCUCCCUAACAUUUGCCAACAGGACUGAAUAUGUGGAGAAAGCUCUGAACUACAGACUGCAUGAGAUGGAUGCUCAGGUGGACACAGUCAGAGAGGGCAUGUCCACUAUCAUCCCUGUGCCCCUCCUGUCCCUGCUGACAGCCCAGCAGCUGGAGCAGCUGGUCUGUGGCCUGCCAGAGGUCUCGGUGGACAUGCUGAAGAAGCUGGUGCGUUACCGGGACAUCACCGAGAGCCACCAGCUGAUCAUCUGGUUCUGGCAGAGCUUGGAGGAGUUCACCAAUGAGGAGCGGGUGCUUUUCCUACGUUUUGUUUCUGGGAGGUCGAGGCUGCCUUCCAACUUGGCUGAUGUCACACAGAAGUUUCAAAUCAUCAAGGUUGACCGGCCCAUUAAUGGGCUCCCCACUGCUCAGACAUGCUUCUUCCUGCUUCGCCUGCCCCCGUACACAAGCCAGGCCAUCCUCACUGAGCGUCUGCGUUACUCAAUCCACAACUGUCCCUCCAUCGACAUGGACAACUACAUGCUGACCCACAACACGGACCCAGCAGACAGCUCAGACAUGGACGACUGAAGCUACAGACUAGAGUGAUGAAUGUAUCUACUCUGAUGCCACAGGCAUCAUGCACUGAACACAGAUUUUUUUUUUUUGUUGCCAAAUUUGGAUGGCAACAUACUGUUUAUAUGUUGUUUAUUUAAAGUUAUGAGGUCAGAUUUUCUGACUGUGCACGGUGUUUGUAAGUAUUGCAGUACUCCUACAGGGAAAAACUAUUGGAUUUUAAAAUAAUAGCUGACUAAGCCACAAUAAUAAUAGUUAUGUGCCUGUUGUUUGAAAAUAUGUAAUAAUUUAUUGAUCUGUUACACUUAUUAUAGCCAUUAUUGUAAAAUAAAAGGUGUUUAAAUAACCAAGUCCA